AUGCACACACACAUUGCGGACACUAUAGCGCACGGCGCACGUCGCAGGACACGUGUGCCCGCUGGGGUACGGCGCCCCGCUCCCUGCCGGGCCGCGCGCUGCGCCGGUUGGACCCCCGCCCACCCUCUCGCUCUCCCCGCAGCCGCCAGCAGCCCCGCCGGCAGCCCCCGCAGCUUCUCCGGAGGGACCCCCGCCAGCUUCCCGUUCGCCCGCAGCCAUGGCCCCCGGCCGGAAAGGGCUGACGGACGGAGGUGGUCCCUGGCCUCCCUCCCCUCAUCCGGAUACGGGACCAACACGCCCAGCUCCACCGUUUCGUCUUCCUCGUCUUCCUCGCGGGAGCGCCUGCACCAGCUGCCCUCGGAACCCACGCCGGAUGAGCUCCACUUCCUCUCCCGGCACUUCCGGGGCGCGGGGGGCGCCGGGGGCGAGGAGGGGCGCCCCCACUUCCGGCCGCGGUCCCGGAGCCUGAGCCCCGGGAGGACCGGCGGUGCCGUCGACAACGAGGUCGUGAUGCUAAACCACGUCUACAAGGAGCGCUUCCCCACGGCCACGGCCCAGAUGGAGGAGCGCCUGGCCGAAAUCAUCCGGAGCGGCUCCCCCGGCGCGACGCCCCCGUUGGGGGACGGCGUCCUGGGGUUCGUCCACCACCAGGUCCUGGAGCUGGCCCGGGACUGCCUGGCCACCUCGCGGGGCGCCCUGGUCACGGCCCGGUACUUCCUGGAGCUGCAGGAGAAGCUGGAGAGGAUGCUGAGAGACGCCCAGGAACGAUCCGAGAGCGAGGAACUGCACUUCGUGGAGCAGCUCAUCCGGAAAUUGCUCCUCGUCAUUUCCCGCCCGGCACGGCUGCUGGAAUGUUUGGAAUUCGACCCUGAGGAGUUUUACCACCUGCUGGAGGCGGCCGAGGGACACGCCAAGCUCGGCCACGGGGUCAAGGCGGACAUCCCGAGAUACAUCAUCCACCAGCUCGGGCUCGCCAAGGACCCCCUGGACGACAAGGCCCAGCCCGGCCCGGCGGAGGGCCCAUCGUCCACGGCCCCCGAGGCAGCGGAUCCGGCCCCCGAGGCCUCCACCCUCCACCCCCGCCGCCAGCCCUGCGAGAGCGACUUCGAAACCAUCAAGCUGAUCAGCAACGGGGCCUACGGGGCCGUCUACCUGGUGCGGCACCGCGAGAGCCGCCGCCGCUUCGCCAUGAAGAAGAUCAACAAGCGCAACCUGGCGCUGCGGAACCAGAUCCAGCAGGUUUUCGUGGAGAGGGACAUCCUGACGUUCGCCGACAACCCUUUCGUGGUGGGGAUGUUCUGCUCCUUUGAGAGCCGCCGGCACCUCUGCCUGGUCAUGGAGUACGUGGAAGGGGGGGACUGUGCCACGCUGCUGAAGAACAUGGGGCCCCUCCCCGUGGACAUGGCCCGGAUGUACUUCGCUGAGACUGUACUGGCCUUGGAGUACCUUCACAGUUACGGGAUUGUGCACCGUGAUCUGAAGCCUGACAACUUGCUCAUCACCUCCAUGGGCCACAUCAAGCUGACCGACUUCGGCCUGUCCAAGAUCGGCCUGAUGAACAUGGCCACCAACCUCUACGAGGGGCAUGUGGAGAAGGACACCCGGGAGUUCCUGGACAAGCAGGUCUGUGGCACUCCGGAGUACAUCGCCCCCGAGGUGAUCCUCUCCCAGGGCUACGGCAAGCCGGUGGACUGGUGGGCGAUGGGCGUCGUACUCUACGAGUUCCUGGUGGGCUGCGUGCCCUUCUUCGGGGACACGCCGGAGGAGCUCUUCGGGCAGGUCGUCAGCGACGAGAUCAGCUGGCCCCAGGGGGACGAGGCCGUGCCCCCUGAUGCCCGGGACCUCAUCCGGCACCUCCUGCGGCAGCGCCCCCUGGAGCGCCUCGGCACAGGGGGCGCCCACGAGGUCAAGCAGCACCCCUUUUUCCGCGCCCUCGACUGGACGGGGCUCCUGCGCCAGAAGGCCGAGUUCGUCCCACAGCUCGAGGCCGAGGACGACACCAGCUACUUCGACAGUAAGGGGCGUAACCCGAAUCCUAAUCCGAACCUGAACCCCAAGCUGAACCCGACCCCGACCCUGAAUCCUAAUCCUAUCCUGACCCCGAAUCCCAAGCUGAACCCGAACCCGAACCUGACCCUGAAUCCGAAUUCUCGCCUGAACCCGAACCUUGACCCCGAAUCCAAAUUCUCACCUGAACCUUGA